AUGCCUGGAACUACUACAGAUCAUCGAGAGGUCCUCGUGGUCGGCGCAGGAUGGACUGGCCUAAUUUCGGCCAAGACGUACCUGGACCUCGCUCCAGAGACUGACCUCCUGAUCGUCGACAAUGAGAGGUCAAUUGGUGGCGUGUGGUGCAAGGAACGACUGUACCCGGACUUGUACGCUCAAGUCAGCCACCCACUUUUCGAAUACAGUUUCUAUGACAUGCCACGAGAAGGGAUCACACCAGAUGGAUUCCUAUCAGGCUAUACGAUCAACAAGUAUUUGAAUAACUUCGCUCGUGAUUUUGGGCUCGAGUCCAAGAUCAAGUUGGAGACAACUGUAACCGAGGUGAAGAGAUCAUCAUCGGGCAAUUGGCUUGUCAGCUUCGAUCAUGGCCCUGAUGUGAUUACUGAGAAGCUGAUUUGGGCGGUUGGGCCCGGCUCGAGCGCUGUGCAACCAUCAUGGCCAAGCAAGGGGUUCACGCAACCCGUCAUCCAUUCGGCCGAUACUGGCAGUAAGCUCGAUCGGAUCAGCAAAGUCGAGCGUGCAACUGUUGUCGGUGCGGCUAAGUCAGCCUUCGAUACGGUGUACUUCUUGCUCAAAGCCGGGAAGAAGGUGGACUGGAUCAUUCGGGAGGAGGGUGGAGGCCCUAUUGCCAUGGGUCCCCCGAGUCUCUUUGGCGUGAUAAACACGGUUGAUGCACUUUCAACACGGGCCAUGGCUAGCUUUAGUCCAAGUAUAAUGAGGACUUCUGGGUUCUGGUACUACGCAAUCCAGAGGACGCGAAUUGGUCGCCUUGCAGCAAGGGGCUUCUGGAGAUUUGCCAACUUCCUUGCCGACUAUGCUGCAGGCUACUCCGAAAACGAUAACUUUGCUAAAAUUCGACCCGAGCCGCAUGGCUAUGGAAUGUUCUGGGCUCGUGCUGGCUUGGGGGCACCCUCGGCCCCAAAUUUCUGGAAGACAAUGCACUCGGGGGAGUUGAACGUUAUACGGAGCGAGGUCGAGUCACUGUCGCAUUUGAAUGUCGUCAAUCUCAAGAACGGCAUCUCGGUUCAAACCGAUAUGGUGAUUGCCUGCAUAGGUUUUGAAAAGCCGUACAGACCAUUCGAUCGUGAGUUACGGAAAGAGCUUGGCCUAACAUACGACGAAGCCGAUGCAACUCGAUGGGCCGAGCUAGAUGCCGAGGCAAGCAACAAAGUGGACGAGCUGCUCCCUAUGCUCAAAGAGUAUGCUCCUGCAUCAUCUUCUGUCGACGUCAAGACUGAGGCAGUUCUUCACGGUCCAAACAGACACUACAGACGUUUGAUCCCUCUCAAACUAGCUGCGUCGGGCGACAGGUCUAUUUGCUUCCCAGGGCUGGUCCAUGUCAUAGUGACACCAACCAUCAGCGAGUUUCAGGCCCUAUGGAAUGCUGCUUAUAUGCUUGACAUGCUUGAGCUUCCAAACUUGGACGAGAUGGAAAUGGAAGUUGCCGUCUUCAACGCAUGGGUUCGAAAGCGACAUCUCGAGAUGGGCCAGAAGCACUCCUAUUGCAUCUUCGACUACUUGUCGUACAUCGACACACUCGCGGGAGAUCUUGGUAUCAAGACCGCGCGGAAGAGUAAUCCGAUCUCUGAGGCCUUCAUGCGAUAUAAGCCAAGUGAUUAUCGAGGCUUGAUAGAUGAAUUCUUAGCGGCGCAAAACAAAAAACAGUGA